AUGACUCCUCCCCUUCCAGAGAUCCAACCUCAAACGUCGUCGGGAUCCAGCAACAACAGCAAUGACUCCAAGUCGGCCACUCCUCCGCCAUCAAGUACUGCUUCUACUACUUCUGCCCCUCCUUCGACCUCGGCCGACGACAGCUUGAUCUGCCGCUGGAAUGCCUGCGGCCAGAAGUUCCCUACGCCAGAGAAUCUCUAUGACCACAUCUGUGAGCGUCAUGUUGGUCGCAAGAGCACAAACAAUUUGAAUCUCACAUGCCACUGGAACUCGUGUCGCACCACUACUGUGAAGCGCGACCACAUCACUUCGCAUAUCCGUGUUCAUGUUCCCCUCAAGCCUCACAAGUGCGAGUUCUGUGGCAAGUCAUUCAAGCGCCCCCAGGACCUGAAGAAGCAUGUCAAGACUCAUGCCGACGACUCUGUUUUGGUCCGUUCCGCCCAGGACGCUCCACAGCCUCAGCAGGGUGGUAUCAACUACCGGCCCCAUAUGAACAAGCCUCCCGGCUACUAUGAUCACAAUGGCCAGAUGCGACCUAAUUACCAGCACCAGCCGCAUCCAAGCAGCUACUAUGCUCCCCAGCCUUCUACCAAUUAUGGACUGUACUUCAACCAGCCCACCAUGAACAACCAGCGUGCCGAGCAUCUUGGAUAUACCGCUGCCGGUCAACCUCCUGCGUUUGACCGCAAGCGCGCCUACGACAUGGUGGAUGACUUUUUCAACAGCGCCAAGCGCCGCGAGAUCGACACCUCUUCCUACAGCCAGAUUGGUCGCUCUCUCCUCCCUCUUCACAACAGUCUUUCUAUUCCCAGCGGCCCAAUGGCUGCUGCUCCUGAGAGCUAUUUGCCCCAGCCAGCCGGUCCAGCCAUGGCGCAAACUGGUCCUUCACCGUCCCAGAACCCUUUGGCUCAGCAGUACUAUCUGCCCAUUACACCCAACGCCCGAACCCAGAAGGAUCUGGUCCAGAUCGACAAUCUUCUUGGACAGAUGCAGAACACCAUUUAUGAAAAUGCUAGCCACGCUACUGCUGGUGUCCACAUUCACCACGGCAGCGAGCAUUUCGGUGGUUUCCGUCAUAGCCCUUCGCCCCCAACGAUGCAGCGAAGCCCCACGGCCGCCGGUAUGCAUGUCGGCGCCGAGGCCUAUCAUCCUGUCUCGGCGGCAAGCAUGGCUUCUCCGCUAACCGCCAUCUCUUCCACCGGAACGCCCGCCGUCACGCCUCCCUCGAGCUCAAUGUCUUACACCUCCGGGCACUCUCCUAGCCCCUCGGCCUCUGAUCUGUCCCCCCAAUCUCGUCACAGCUCUACGUCCUCGGUUAUGUACCCAACUCUCCCAACGAGCUUGCCCGCAGUAAGCCAGGGCUUUGGCCAGUCAACAACCACAACUCUUGGGCCUAGCUUCGAGAGCAACGAGCGCCGCCGCUACUCUGGUGGUAUGCUUCAGCGCGCCCGUGGUCCCCCUCCCCGAUCCACUGAUGAUAACAAUGGUGCGACCACUCCCAAGGCUAGCGAGCCUGCUGUUUCCGUCGGAUCUCCGUCGUCGGAAUCGGAGGGCAGCGAGGCUACCCGCGAGAGGGAGGAGCAGUACGACCGCUGGCUCGAGAACAUGCGCGUCAUCGAAAGCCUGCGUGAAUAUGUCAAGGGUCGUCUUGCACGGAAGGAGUAUGUCGAGGAGGAUGAGACCCGGUCACGAGAUGGCGAUGCCAUGGAUGUUGACGUUAGGAGCCCCAAGACGCCUGCCCGAGAGCCCAGCCACCCCAAGGAGGGAUCUUCGCUCUACCCCAUCCUUCGCAUGCCAGGCGCAUAA